AAAUGGAACCCCAGCGGGCGAAAGAAAAGGUGGGCGGAGGAAGAAGAGGGGAGGGAUAGACAGCAAAGAGACGGACCCGAAGAAAGGGCGGAGCAUAAGUAGAAGAUACAGCGGGCUGCGAUUUCACUCCGCCGCCGCUCCCGCGUCCUCUCUCUCUAGUCAGUCCAGUUCCCCAUCUUUCCCCGCAGAAAUUGUUCAGCUCCCCAACUCUCGUCGGCCCGUUCAGAUCUAAGCUGUUGUCGCUCUGUCCCCGUGUCGGUAUUUAUGAUAGAUUCGAUAGGAUCUCCGCUUCGAUUUCGGAGGAGGAGGAGGAGGUGGGUGGAUUGAGGGAAAGGGAGAGAGGGCGAGGGAGAGGGAGAGGGAAAGGGAAAGGGAAAGGGAAAGGGAAAGGGAAAGGGAAAGGAGGACGGGGGAGCGAUGAGGGUGCCGUGCUGCUCGGUGUGCCAUAUGAGGUACGACGAGGAGGAGCGGGCGCCGCUGCUGCUGCACUGCGGGCACGGGUUCUGCAAGGCGUGCCUCUCCCGCAUGUUUGCCGCCUCCGCCGACACCUCCCUCUCCUGCCCCCGCUGCCGCCACCCCACCGUCGUAGGGAACAGCGUCCAUGCCCUCCGCAAGAACUUCCCCGUCCUCUCCCUUCUCACCUCCUCCCCGUCCUCCCCCUCCUUCGACUGCGACUUCACCGACGACGACGACGACGAGGAAGACGGCCAUCUUCGCGGCGGGGAGGACGAUUGCAGUAACGACGAUGCCGAUGAGUACUUUGGGUCCUGCAGUGGCCGCCGGAGGCGGAGCCGCUUCUCGCGCCCCUCCGUCUCCGGAGGGUGCUGCUCCGGCAUCGACCUUGUGCCCCACCACGACCUCAAGCUGCUCCGGCAGCUUGGGGAGGGGAAGAGGGCUGGGCAGGAGAUGUGGUCUGCUGUGCUUUCGAGGGGAUCUUCAGCUGCAGCUGGCGGCCGGGGAGCGGGAAAGUGUCGCCACCAGGUGGCGGUGAAGAGGAUCGCAGUCACUGAAGGUAUGGACGUAGAUUUGGUGCUGGAAAAGCUGGAGAAGCUCCGGCGAGCCUCGAUGUGGUGUAGGAAUGUGUGCCCUUUCCACGGGGUGAUCCGGAUGGACGGAUACCUCUGCCUUGUGAUGGACAGGUAUAAUGGAUCCAUCCAAUCCGAGAUGGAGCAGAACAAAGGUCGAUUCACAUUGGAGCAGAUUCUCAGGUAUGGGGUAGAUAUAGCUCGUGGUGUGGCGGAACUACACUCUGCUGGUAUUGUUUGUAUGAGUUUAAAGCCAUCCAAUCUUCUGUUAGAUGCAAAUUGCCGUGCAGUUGUUUCUGAUUAUGGUCUUCCUGCAAUACUUAAGAAGCUUACUUGCCAUAAAGCUCGAUCUGCUUCCGAAGAAUGGUAUUCAGGAGUACAUUCGUGCAUGGAUUGUACUCUACUAAGUCCACAUUACACAGCUCCAGAGGCUUGGGAGCCCGUAAAGAAAUCACUAAAUCCAUUCUCGGAUGACGCAAUUGGCAUAUCGCCAGAGACUGAUGCAUGGAGUUUUGGAUGCACACUUGUAGAAAUGUGCACUGGUUCUGUUCCAUGGGCUGGCCUGAGUGCGGAGGAAAUAUAUCGGUCAGUUGUUAAGGCUCGUAGGUUGCCUCCUCAGUAUGCAAGUGUAGUGGGUGCUGGGCUACCCAGAGAACUGUGGAAGAUGAUUGGCGAGUGUCUACAGUUCAAAGCUUCUAAGAGACCUACCUUUCAAGCAAUGCUCGCUAUAUUUCUUCACCAUCUGCAAGAACUACCUAGGAGUACCCCUGCCAGUCCAGACAAGUAUUACAGUGACCCUGUGAAGGCUUCCUUAACAAAUGCCACAGAGCCAUCUCCUACAUCUGUUCUGGAGGUUUUUCAUUAUAAUCCUAACGUUUUGCAUCGACUUGUAAAUGAAGGAGACUCUGCCGGUGUUAGAGAUCUGCUGGCAAAGGCUGCAUCUGAGAGAAACAGCAGCUCAAUCUGUUCCCUUUUAGAAGCACAAAAUUCUGAAGGCCAUACUGCCUUGCAUUUAGCAUGUCGACGGGGUUCUGUAGAGCUCGUGGAGAUUAUUCUGGCUUACAAGGAGGCUGAUGUGGACAUACUGGAUAAGGAUGGCGAUCCCCCAAUUGUGUUUGCUCUGGCUGCUGGUUCCGCUGAAUGUGUGCGAGCUCUCAUAAAUAAAUCUGCUAAUGUUUGUUUUACGCUUAGAGAAGGCUGUGGUCCUUCGCUUGCUCACGUUUGUGCUUUUCACGGCCAACCUGAAUGCAUGCGAGAAUUACUAUUGGCUGGAGCAGAUCCAAAUGUGGUGGAUGAUGAAGGUGAAUCUGUGUUGCAUAGGGUCAUCACCAAGAGGUUCACAGAAUGUGCAAUUGUCAUUUUGGGAUAUGGUGGCUGCCGAUCAAUGGGUUUCCUGAAUGCACAUAGAAAAACGCCUUUGCAUUUGUGCAUUGAGACAUGGAAUGUGGCUGUGGUGAAAAGAUGGGUGGAGGUAGCAUCACAAGAAGAGAUAGCUGAAGCUAUUGACAUACCAAGUCCUAUUGGAACAGCUUUAUGUAUGGCUGCAACACUCAAGAAAGAUCGCGAAAUUGAGGGUCGAGAAUUAGUAAGAAUAUUGCUUGCUGCUGGUGCUGAUCCAACAGCUCAAGAUGAACCACAUUGCCGAACAGCUUUGCAUACAGCUGCAAUGAUCAAUGAUGCUGAAUUGGUGAAGAUUAUUCUUGAAGCUGGGGUUGAUGUCAAUAUAAGAAAUGCGCAAAAUACAAUACCUCUCCAUGUUGCACUAAAUAGAGGUGCAAACUCAUGUGUCGGCUUGCUUUUAUCUGCUGGUGCAAACUGCAAUAUGCAGGAUGAUGAUGGGGACAAUGCAUUUCACAUCGCCGCUGAUGCUGCAAAGAUGAUACGUGAGAAUUUGAAUUGGAUUGUUGUAAUGCUGCAGCAUCCAUCUCCUGCAAUAGAAGUGAGAAACCACAGGGGCUGGACAUUGCGUGAUUUUCUAGAGAGUCUCCCUCGAGAAUGGAUUUCGGAAGAGCUGAUGGAAGCGCUAGCAGAUAAAGGUGUUCAACUUUCACCAACCAUAUAUGAAGUUGGAGACUGGGUUAAAUUCAAAAGAGGUGUCGAGACUCCAGCAUAUGGUUGGCAAGGUGCAAGACAGAAGAGUGUAGGUUUUGUGCAGACCAUCCUGGAUUUGGACAAUCUUAUUGUAUCAUUUUGCACUGGAGAAGCUCAUGUUUUGACUAGCGAAGUUAUCAAAGUGAUUCCCUUAAACAGGGGGCAGCAUGUGCAGCUAAAAUCUGAUGUCAGAGAACCAAGAUUUGGAUGGCGUGGUCAAUCAAGAGAUAGCAUUGGAACUGUACUGUGUGUUGAUGAUGACGGCAUUUUACGGGUUGGUUUCCCUGGAGCUUCUAGGGGAUGGAGAGCUGAUCCUGCUGAAAUGGAGAGGGUGGAAGAGUUUAAGGUUGGUGAUUGGGUCCGAGUGCGGCCCUCUUUAACAGCUGCUAUCCACGGCAUGGAAGCCAUAACUCCUGGAAGUAUUGGGAUCGUGUAUGCCAUCAGACCUGAUAGCAGCCUUUUAUUGGGUCUUUGCUAUUUGCCUACUCCGUGGCACUGUGAGCCUGAGGAAGUUGAACCAGUUGAACCAUUCAGGAUUGGUGACCGAGUAUCCGUAAAGAGAUCUGUUGCGGAACCUAGAUAUGCUUGGGGUGGUGAGACACAUCACAGUGUAGGAAAAAUAAUUGAAAUUGAGAGUGAUGGUCUACUGCUGAUAGAUAUCCGCAAUCGAUCGACUCCGUGGCAAGCAGAUCCUUCUGAUAUGGAGAAGGUUGAGAAAUUUAAGGUCGGUGACUGGGUUAGAGUUAAAGCCACUGUACCGUCACCAAAGUAUGGAUGGGAGGAUGUCACACGUAAUAGCAUAGGGAUGAUACACAGUCUAGAAGACGAUGGUGAUAUGGGUGUUGCCUUUUGCUUUAGGAGCAAGCCUUUUCCUUGCUCUGUUGCAGACAUGGAGAAGGUGCAGCCUUUCGAAGUAGGACAGAAGGUUCAUGUCAUGCCAUCCAUUACUCAGCCCCGACUUGGGUGGUCAAAUGAAACUGCAGCAACUGUUGGGUCGAUUGCUAGAAUAGACAUGGACGGAACUUUAAAUGUUAGAGUUUCAGGGAGAAGUAGCUUAUGGAAAGUUGCCCCAGGCGAUGCCGAGAGGCUCUCAGGCUUUGAGGUUGGAGAUUGGGUUCGCAUGAAGCCGAGCCCUGGGUCUAGACCUACAUAUGAUUGGAACAGCGUCGGAAAAGAAAGUGUAGCUGUUGUUCACAGCAUACAAGACUCUGGAUACUUAGAGUUAGCUGGUUGUUUCAGAAAAGGAAAAUGGAUGACCCAUUACAUGGACGUUGAGAAGGUACCUUGUCUGAAAAUCGGUCAGCAUGUUCGAUUCCGCACUGGUAUCACAGAGCCAAGAUGGGGAUGGAGAGAUGCUCAACCUGAUUCUAGAGGCAUUGUUGCCAGUGUUAAUGCGGAUGGAGAGGUGAGGGUCGCGUUCUUUGGGGUGCCAGGGCUAUGGAGAGGAGAUCCCGCUGACCUCGAGAAGGACGACAUGUUCGACGUUGGGGAAUGGGUGAGGCUGAGGGACGAUGCCGACUGCUGGAAGUCUGUGAAACCCGGGAGCAUUGGAGUGGUGCACGGGAUCGGGUACCGAGGAGACGUGUGGGAUGGGACCGUGCAUGUCGCCUUCUGCGGCGAGCAAGAGAGGUGGGUUGGGCCUGUUUCCCACCUCGAGGCUGUGUCGAAGCUCGUCGUGGGCCAGAGGGUGAGGAUCAAAAAGUGCGUGAAGCAGCCGAGGUUCGGUUGGUCCAAUCACAGCCAUUCUAGCAUUGGAACGAUAUCGUCCAUUGAUGCGGAUGGAAAGUUGAGGAUAUACACGCCUGCUGGAUCGAAGGCUUGGAUGAUGGACCCGGCUGAAGCGGAGAGAGUGGAGGAAGAGGAGGAGGUCUGCAUUGGAGACUGGGUGAAGGUGAGGGAGACCGUUACCACGCCUACAUAUCAAUGGGGGGAAAUUAACCAUGCUAGCAUAGGUGUGGUGCACCGGAGAGAGGAUGGGGAGCUGUGGGUUGCUUUUUGCUUCAGCGAAAGGCUCUGGGUGUGCAAAGAGUGGGAGGUGGAGAAGGUGCGGGCCUUCAAAGUAGGCGACAAGGUGAGAAUAAGGCCUGGUCUCGUGACGCCGAGGUGGGGAUGGGGAAUGGAGACCUUUGCAAGUAAGGGUGAGGUGAUGGGAGUCGAUGCCAACGGGAAACUUCGUAUCAGGUUUAAGUGGAGGGACGGGAGGAUAUGGAUAGGGGAUCCCGCUGAUGUUGUUCUUGAUGACGGUUCAGACACAGCUGCGACAACAGAAGCUAGUAAUGGUUAUUGUUUGUAGGGGUUCUGUUGCUCUUCAGAUGCAAACACUGAUACGGUGCGAUAAUCUUGAUGACGAAUUGGCUUGCUUCAUCCUCGUGAUAGCGGGGACUUACUUCGCAACUGUGAAGUAUGAGGACACCACUAUUUGCUUUGUGAAGAAUUUAGAGUUCGACAUCGCCAACUAGCGUGGUAAUUAUAUUACUAUGAAUGAGAACUCUGUUAACAACUAUCUGUAUUAUAGUGUUGUACAGGUUGGGACCUGGUAAAGCGGACUGACAGCUUCUCCUUUCUAUUGAUGGAAUGUACAAUUUCUCCUCUAGUUACCAAAUUCUUUUGAUAAGUCGCUUCCCUGAGAGCUCCCAAGGAAGAGAAGGGUCAUGCUGAAUGUUCACCCUUGUUGUUUUUUUUUGUCUUCUGUUAUGCUGAACCAAUUAACGCAUCAUCGCAGUGUGCGAUUGAUUGAGAUGUCUAAGAGGGGGCGGCGCUAACCCAUGGAAAUGAGGCCGAUAAUGCCAAUUAGCUCUUAA